AGAGUAAAAGGGGAUGGAAGAGCAGGUGAUUAUGAAGAAAAUGGCAGUGUUGAUCAGGAUUGUGACGGUGAGUUGGGUAGGAAGGAUAAGUCUAGAGAAUCAGGGAAGCACAAGAGCAAGGAUAGGAAGAGAAGGAGAGAAGAAAAGGAGCACAGCAUUAGGGAUAGGGAUAGGGAUAGGUCGAAGGAAAGGGAGAGAGAGGAUAGGUUGGAAAGUAGGGAGAGGAGGAAGGACGAUAGGGAAUAUGAUAAGGAUCGAGAGAAAGACAAGGUGAGGGAAAAAGAUCAUGACAGGGACAUCCAUAGAGGGAAAGAGCGACAGAGAUACAGAGAGGUUCUAUGAUGAGGAAAACGAUCGAGGGUAAGGCUCGGGAGAGUGAUAGGGGAAGGGAGAGAAAGGUUGAUCGGGAUAGGGACUUGCCUCGUGAAUAUGAAAGGGACAAGAAUCGGGAGAGGGAUAGAGAUGGAGAUAAGGGGCAUGAUAGGAGCAAAGGUCGUGACAAGGACCUUGGGAAGGAAAAUGAGAGAGAAUUGGAGAGGGAAAGAGGAAAGGAUAAAGACCGUGAUAGGGGGAAGGAAAAAGAGAGGGAAAGAGAGAAGGAUCGAGAUAGGGUGAAAGACAGAGAAAGAGAAAAAGAAAAGAGUAAAGAUCGAGAGAAGGGGAAAGAUAGAGAAAAAGAAGGAGAUAGGGAUAAGCUGGAAAGAAUAAAAAUCAAGGACCGAGCAAGGGAGAAGGAAACCGACAAAGAGACUGAUCGGGAUAGAUCAAGAGCAAAGGAUAAGGAAAGGGAAAUGGAUAGGAGUAAAGAUGGACAGAAAGAUGAGAAGAUAACUGCAGAAGAUGGCAAUGGUAGAAAUAUUUUAAGAAGUGGGGAUGGAGCUCAAGAUGAGCAUGGAACUCAUGAACGAAUUGCUUCCCGAGAUUCUGGUGAAAAAUCAUCUGGGCUUCCUGAUGCAACUUCUGGUCUAGGGGAACGUCUAAUGAAAAUAAGAGAAGAAAGGCAUAAGGGAAAGUCUGAUGGUUCUUCGGAGAUUUCAGCUUGGGUUAGUAAGAGCAGGAAGCUAGAGGAAAAUAGGAAUGCUGAAAAGGAGAAAGCUGUGCGACUUUCUAAAAUAUUGGAUGAGCAGGAAAGCAUUUUAGCAGAAAGUGAUGAUGAGGAUGCAGCCGGACAAAGUGGAAAGGAUCUAGCUGGAGUCAAAAUUCUCCAUGGUCUUGACAAAGUAAUGGAGGGUGGAGCGGUUGUUUUGACCCUCAAAGAUCAAGAUAUUCUUGCAGGCGGGGAUCUGAACGAAGAUGUUGAUAUGCUUGAAAAUGUUGAGAUUGGAGAACAGAAAAGAAGAGAUGAGGCAUACAAAGCAGCUAAGAAGACCACUGGGAUUUAUUUUGACAAGUUUAAUGAUGACACUGGUACUCAAAGGCCAAUACUUCCACAGUAUGAUGAUCCAGUUGAGGAUGAGGGGGUAACCUUGGAUGAAAGUGGCCGCUUUACAGGUGAAGCAGAGAAGAAACUAGAAGAACUUCGUAGGAGAAUUGAAGGUGGUUUAACAAGAAAAAACUAUGAAGAUCUUACUACAACAGGGAAGUCCUCAUCAGAUUUUUAUUCUCCAGAAGAAAUGCUUCAAUUUAAGAAGCCUAAGAAAAAGAAAUCUUUGAGGAAGAAAGAUAAGCUUGAUUUAGAUGCCCUUGAGGCAGAAGCUAUUUCUGCUGGAUUAGGUGCAGGUGAUCUAGGCUCCAGGAAUGAUGCAAAGAGGCAGACCGCAAAAGAGGAAAAGGAGAGAUCUGAGGCUGCAAGCAGAAGCAAUGCAUACCAGACAGCCUAUGCUAAAGCUGAGGAGGCAUCUAAAGUUUUGCGCCAAGGGCAGCCUCUAACUUCCAAAGUUUCUGAAGAAGAUGAUCUUGUGUUUGGGGAAGAUUAUGAAGAUCUGCAGAAGUCUCUUGAACAAUCAAGAAAACUUGCUCUGAAGAAACAGGAAGUGGCAGCUGCAUCUGGUCCCCAGGCAGUUGCAUUAUUAGCUGUAGCAGACAGGGAACAAAGUGAAAUUUAUAGCCCUGCAGCUGAGCCACAAGAAAACAAAGUUGUCAUUACUGAGAUGGAGGAGUUUGUAUUGGGUCUACAGAUGAAUGAAGAAUCACAUAAGCCAGAAAGUGACAGUGUGUUUAUGGAUGAGGAUGAUGGCAUGAAAUCUUCUGAACUAGAAGUAAAAGAUACUGGUGGUGGUGGGUUGGAAGAUCUUGAAGAAACUGCUGACGGUGAAUUGCAAGACAAUGAGGAAAAGGAGGAUAUCACACCGGAUGAGAUUAUUCAUGAAACUGCUGUUGGGAAAGGUUUAUCUGGUGCACUCAAGUUACUGAAAGAACGGGGGACACUCAAGGAGGAUAUUGAUUGGGGUGGCAGAAAUAUGGACAAAAAGAAGAGCAAGCUUGUUGGCAUAAAUGAUAAUGCUGGGCCGAAGGAAAUCAGAAUUGAAAGGCUAGAUGAAUUUGGUAGAAUUAUGACACCAAAGGAGGCAUUCCGGAUGAUUUCCCAUAAAUUCCAUGGCAAGGGACCAGGAAAGAUGAAGCAAGAAAAACGCAUGAAGAAUUAUCAGAUGGAUCUCCAAACAAAGCAGAUGAAAGCUUCUGAUACACCAUCACAAGCUAUGGAAAGAAUGAGGGAAGCUCAAGCUCGACUUAAAACACCAUACCUUGUGCUCAGUGGUCAUGUUAAACCCGGGCAAACAAGUGACCCCCGAAGUGGUUUUGCUACCGUCGAGAAAGAUCAUUUGGGGAGCUUGACUCCAAUGCUCGGGGACAAAAAGGUAGAGCAUUUCUUAGGGAUUAAUCGCAAGCCUGAUUCCGGCAGUAUGGGUCCUCCUCCACCAAAAAAGCCGAAGAAUUGAAAACAUUUUUGACCGCUUGUUUCUUCAUAAUCUCAUGAGUUUGAGCUGAUUUCUGUUCAUCUGUUCAUCUUCUGUGAGAAAUGAAUUACUGUUUGUAUCCAUUUUCCCUGGUGAAAAAUUUGGAAGUAUAGGCUUUUCUAAUCCACUCAAAUCAUACUUAGUUAUUUUAUUCUAUUUUAA